UGCACUCAAUACACAUGUGUUCGUCGUGUCCUAAGCGGUUUAAUCACGUGUAUUAUUUUGGAUAUAUAUUGUUCUUGUAAAAAUAUUAUAAUUAUUGUAAUAUUAAAUUUGUGUAAUUAGUGACAAAAAUGGCGAAACUUCGUAAAAAACAAAGCAAACGGACACCUGCACGAAUGAGAUAUAAAAUUGAGAAAAAAGUUCGUGAACACAAUCGGAAAAUGAAGAAAGAAGCUAAAAAACAUCCUAAAAAAAAAUCUAAGAUAAUGGAAGUACCAAAUCAGUGUCCUUUCAAAGAAGAUAUUUUGAAAGAAGUGGAAGCAAUGAGAAAACAACAUGAGGAGGAAAAGCAAAAGCGAAAGGAAGCUGCGCGUGAGAGGAAACGUGAAGAACUCGCCAAGGGUGGUCUCCAAGGAUUAGUUAAUCGUGCUGAGAAUAAGCAAUUAGCAUAUAAAUCUAUGGAAGUAGAUUCUGCACAAGAUAAGAUCAAAAAUGCUGCUGAUAAGAAAGAAAACUCUCUUAAAGCAUAUUAUAAAGAAUUUAAAAAAGUUCUUGAUGAAGCUGACGUCAUUUUGGAGGUUGUGGAUGCUCGUGAUCCAUUAGGAACGCGAUGUAAAGAGGUGGAAGAAGCAGUUCGAGCUGCAAAAGGAAAUAAAAAAUUGGUGUUAGUUUUGAAUAAAGCAGAUUUAGUUCCUAGAGAAAAUUUAGAUCAAUGGUUAAAAUAUUUGAGGUCUAAUUUACCUGCAGUGGCAUUUAAAUCAUCCACACAGAAUCAAGCAAAGCGAUUAGGCAGAAGAAAACUAGGAAAGAAAACAGAGUCCAUGAUACAAAGCAACACUUGCUUCGGCGCAGAGUUGCUUCUAUCGUUACUUGGAAAUUAUUGUAGGAACAGUAACAAUAUAAAAACCAGUAUCAGAGUGGGAGUUGUUGGCCUUCCGAAUGUCGGAAAAUCUAGCGUUAUCAAUUCUUUGAAGCGCAGUAAAGCAUGUAAUGUAGGAAAUUUACCAGGAAUAACAAAAACGAUGCAGACUGUUCAGCUAGACUCUAAAAUAAAAUUAUUAGAUUCUCCCGGUAUAGUGUUUGCUAGUUCAGAUGAAAAGUCUGAUGACACGUCUAUAGCUCUAAAAAAUGCAGUGAAGAUUCAAGCGUUGAAAGAUCCUUUUACGCCGGCAACUGCGAUUCUAAAAAGAAUUUCACGACAACAGAUAAUGGACUUGUACGAUAUGCAAGAAUUUUCAACACCAGAUGAGUUCUUCGCGAUGAAAGCGGCGAGAAUGGGGAAAUAUAGAAAAGGCGGAGUGCCAGAUGCAGUGGCUGCCGCGCGCAGUAUUCUCGAUGAUUGGAAUUCUGGAAAAAUCAGAUAUUAUACAGUACCGCCUGAGCAACCAGUAUGUCACAUAUCCGCCGAGAUUGUUAGCCAAAUGGCUAAAGAAUUUGACAUCGAAAGUUUUGCUGCAGAAGAAAAAAUGAUGCUAGACAAUUUCACGACGGAUUCUACGAAUAACGCGGAUCCUGUAUUGAUCGAUAGUUCGGGACCUGUUACAGCGGCAAGGGAGAUUGAAAUGCAAAAAGAAGCGGAAUUCAAAAUACAGAAGAAAUUAAAGAAAAGAUUGCAUGAGGCGAAAAAGGAUGCGGCUACAAAGGAGAAGAAGAAGUCGGAUCCACUUUUAGAGAUUGAGGGCAACAAAAAAUUGAAUAAAUUACGGGAACUUGAGUUCAAGAAAACAAAGAAGGAACGAGCAAGAAGAGAAAAAGCUGCUGUUAAAUUAGCCGGACAACUAGAAAAUUUCACAUUCAAUUCCGAUAAUUACGAUUUCAGUACAGAUUUUACAGCUACAUAAAAUAUUGUCUAUAUCUACGUUAUACAUUAUGAAUGUAUGUGUAAUAUUCGUGCUGUGUAAUGCAUUAACUUUUUAAUAAAAAAAAUGAGA